AUGGAAGGCAACGAUGCAGACGAGCCCCUGAGCACAACUGCCAGUGUCCUCAAGGAGCUGUCGGGGACCAGGCAGGAGGUGGAGCGCGCCCGCGAGGCCGCGGUGCAGGCGUGGCUCGCGUCCCUGCCGCUCGCCGAGGAGCUCGAGCGGCUCCGCGCCGAGCUGGCCGCGGCCAAGAGCCGCCUCGCCGCGACGGCGUCCGAGAUACCGCCGCUCAAGUCGCUGAUCGAGUCCACGAACGCUGCAGUUGCCGAGAGGCAGGCGGAGGCGGCGAAGAAGCAGGCCGCUGAGGAGGAUCUCCGGCGGCGCGUCGACGGUGCACGAGCCGAGCUCCGGCGGCUGCGGGCGGAGAUCGCCGCGUCGAGGGACGCCAAGGACUCGCUGGAGCAGCGGGUGCUCAUCCGGCGCCAGGCCGCGCGCGCGCUGCAGCUGGCCGAGCGCGCCAUCGCGGCGGAGACCCACGCGCUGGCGCGCGUGGAGGUCGAGGAGCGGAAGGCCGCCGCGCGCGUCGAUGAGGCCGAGGCCCUGCGGCGCGCGGCGAAGGCGCGCAGGGCGGCCUCCGUGGCGAGGCUGGACGCCGCGCGCGCCAAGAGGCGGGAAGCCGCCGCCGCCGAGGUUCGCCGCCUUGACGGUGCCGACAACGACGGCAAGCGGGCGAGGAGCGCACCGCCGGCGAGGAGCCGCAGCCGGAGGUCUUGCUUCUCGGUGAAGAAGCUACGCAGAUGCUUGUGCGCCACGGCCAAAGCUUGA